GCGAGCGCCCCGUGUUAGUUCCCGUCCUACCAGACUUGCCCGACUGUCCGACUUGCCCGACUAUCCAGCAACAUCUAGCAUUUCUUCAGACCAGUUGUAGUACUCCAGUGUGAACAAUGUCGCAACAGAGAUUGUGCGGUCUGCGGCUAUCAUCUGUUGGUGUCAUCGCCGUCUUACUUUACCUUAUUGAUCACUCACUAGCUGCGCUGGAAGGGUAUGUGGCGGGCGAGGACUACCCAGACUUCGCGGAGGUGCCCAAGGGUCUGUCAUUCACCUGCGACGAUAAGAUACCCGGGUACUACGCAGAUCCAGAGACAUCCUGCCAGGUGUGGCAUUGGUGCGUACCGAGCAUUGGUGGCAACGUGAUGUACUCAUUCCUGUGCGCGCCCGGAACCGUCUUCAACCAGCGCUCCCGCGUCUGCGACUGGUUCUACAAGGUGGACUGCCAGACGUCGCCGGCGUAUUAUGCCAUAAACGAGGACCUUUACAAAGACGAAGCUGGCAACUAUAUCGCGGGCAAAAAAAUCGUAAGAAGUGAAAGGAUUCAGAUUAAAAGUCAACCAAAGCCCAAACGACGUAUAGUGGUCCGGCGCCGGCGACUGACAGACAAACAGACUGACACGACCGACUCCACAGCGUUUAACGUGUUGCCUGUAAACUCGUAAUGACGGGGAAAGUACAGAGAUGUACAAAAGUGAAAAUGUUAUUUUACUGUAUGAUAUUUAAUUUUUUGUCUAAAUUGAUUUGCCUAAAAUCUCAUACAUCCAUUUAUUUUCGACAAACGAUCGUAUUAAAGAUGUUUCCAAAGAGAAAAAAUUGUUUUCAACAAUAAGUUAUUAAAUAACCAGUUAGAUCCG